AUGGACGAGCUGUGGGCGAAGGCGGCGGCGCGGGCGGGGCUGACGCUGGACGAGGCGCUCAGCAUCGACGACGCCGACCCUCCGCUGUACGACCAGCUGGGCGAGGCCGCCAUCAAGCAGUUCUCCACCCACUUCUACGCUCGAGUGUACCAGGACGAGUGGGACGAGUUCAGGGACCUGUUCAAGGACCGCCCCAUCGAGCAGUCCGUCCAGAACCAGUUCGAGUUCCUGGUGCAGCGCCUGGGCGGGCCGCCGGUCUACAGCGAGCGCAAGGGCCCCCCGCGGCUGAUGUGGCGCCACGCCGGCUUCCCCUGCACCAACCAGACCGCCGCCCGCUGGCUGCUGCACGCCGGCGAGGCGCUGGACGCGGCGCCCGCCAUCGCCGCCGACCCCCGCCUCCGCCUCGCGCGCUUCUUCACGUUCAUGGCCAACCUGCUGGUGGUGCACCAGGAG